UGACAGUCUGGAUCGUGGCAUCAUCAUGGCUGCAGCACCACAACCCGUCUACUGGCUGGGUAACGACACCCUGCGGGUGUCUGCUGCCCUUUUUGCCGAGAACCGCAGCCGGCUCUGCCAGGGGCUGAAAGCCAAAGACGGAGUGGUGCCAAAGUCGGUGGUGGUGCUGCAGGGAGGAGAGCAGAAGCAGAGAUACUGCACAGACACAGAUGUCCUCUUCAGGCAGGAGUCUUUCUUCCACUGGGCUUUUGGAGUGACGGAGGCUGACUGCUACGGGGCCAUUGAUGUGGACUCUGGGAAAUCCAUCCUCUUUGUUCCUAAACUGCCUGAAAGCUAUGCUACUUGGAUGGGAGAGAUCUUUCCAAAGGAGCACUUCAAGCAGAAAUACGCCGUCGAUGAGGUGCAAUACACCUGUGAUAUCGCCGACGUCCUGUCCAACCUGAACCCAGCAGUUCUCCUCACACUGCGAGGACAGAAUACAGACAGCGGCAGCACCAGCCGAGAAGCCUCCUUUGAUGGAAUUAGCCGCUUCCAAGUAAACAACACUCUCCUGCACCCAGUCAUUGUGGAAUGCCGACUCCUGAAGACCGACAUGGAGCUGGAGGUGCUGCGCUACACCAACAGGGUUUCCAGCGAAGCCCACAAAAUGGUCAUGAAAAACGUGAAGCCAGGACUGCAGGAAUACGAAAUGGAGAGCCUGUUCCAGCACUACUGCUACACCAAAGGAGGGAUGCGCCACACUUCCUACACCUGCAUCUGUGGAACGGGUAAUAAUGCAUCGGUGCUCCACUACGGCCAUGCUGGAGCUCCCAACGAUAAAACCAUUGCAGAUGGGGACAUGUGCCUGUUUGACAUGGGUGGAGAGUACUACUGCUACAGCUCAGACAUCACCUGCUCCUUCCCCGCCAACGGCAAGUUCACACCCGACCAGAGGGCCAUCUACGAGGCCGUCCUCAAAUCCUCCCGCGCCGUCAUGGCCGCCAUCAAACCAGGCGUGAAGUGGACCGACAUGCACCGCCUGGCUGACAGGGUUCACCUGGAGGAGCUGGUGAAGAUGGGCAUCCUGAGCGGCAGCGUGGAGGACAUGCUGAAGGUCCACCUGGGCUCCGUCUUCAUGCCCCACGGCCUGGGCCACCUGCUGGGCAUCGACGUGCACGACGUGGGAGGCUACCCCGAGGGAGUGGACCGCAUCAACGAGCCGGGGCUGAAGAGCCUCCGUAUGGGCCGCCUGGUGCAGGAGAGGAUGGUCCUGACCGUGGAGCCCGGCAUCUACUUCAUCAACCACCUGCUGGACCAGGCCCUGGCCAACCCCGCCCAGAGCUGCUUCAUCAACAACCAGGAGCUGGCUCGCUUCCGCGGCUUCGGAGGGGUUCGCAUCGAAGACGACAUCGCAGUGACGGCGACUGGCAUCGAGCUGCUGACAUGCGUCCCUCGCACGGUGGAGGAGAUCGAAGCCUUCAUGGCCGACUCCACGAAAAGCUUCAGCCCUGUGGUCCAGAGCCAGCAGUUUUGAAGAACCGGGCCCAGUCCAGUCUGAGCUGUCCGCUGCCUCGGCAUCAGUCACGACCGUCGGAACGCUCUCUCUCUCAUCUCAGUCACAAUCAGGGUGUUUAGAUAACACUCCCUUCAUUCAACUUCUCAACCAGUUUGAGAAUUCUGAUCAGUGUUAGCAAAUGUCACUUUCAGGGACGGGAAAACGGUUUGGACCUCCUGAGGGGGAAAGUUUUCUAAUUUUUUUAAAAAAUACUCUGAAAUGUUCGCCUUUGUUAACACUUGCUGAAACUAAAUGAAAUAAAGACUUUGAUUUGCA